AUGUGUCUCUUGACAGGUAUCCACGAUCCCAAGACUGGCGAGGCGGUUGAGCAAGCGGUACCCACGAUCAGGUCCCUGAUGCAAAGACUUUCUGUUCGAUGUGCCACUGUGGGUACCAACUGUCAUGUUGAUGCAGUGUGGGCUGCCACUGAUCUGCCCACACGAGCACAAAUUGCUUAUCUGCGUCGAGAAGCCGCGCGGAUUGUCCUCAAAGGCGGCAAAGGGAGCGAAUCGAUCUGGGCUUGUGUCGACAAGCAGUUAUCCACUUUGCGUUUAAGGAAUGAUGAACUUUACACGGUUGCGUACUUUGAUGGCAAUACUUACUUUCAAGAUCUCAAAGAAAAAAAGGUCAAUUUGGAUUUACCUUUGGAGGAGGCCAUCUUGGCGCGCGUCGCUCACAACGCGGCUCACCCUCAAGGUGCUCCUAACCCAAGCAACAUGGUAUAG